CUGGUCAAGUUGCCGUGGCGCGGAGGAGUCUGCAAAACAAGAGGCUGAGGAUUGCGUUAGCGAUAAGCCAGUUCUCGCCGGAGCUUGGGGAAGGAAGUCUCUCUGUCGGGCCUUGAGGGAAGAGCUCUCGCCAGGUCGGACGCCGCGCGCCGUCAGCAUGGGCAAAGGAGACCCCAACAAGCCGCGGGGCAAGAUGUCCUCGUACGCCUUCUUCGUGCAGACCUGCCGGGAGGAGCACAAGAAGAAACACCCCGACUCCUCGGUCAACUUCGCCGAGUUCUCGAAGAAGUGCUCCGAGAGAUGGAAGACCAUGUCUGCAAAGGAAAAGUCGAAGUUUGAAGAUUUGGCCAAGAGCGACAAAGCUCGUUAUGACAGGGAGAUGAAGAACUACGUUCCUCCCAAAGGGGAUAAGAAAGGGAAGAAAAAAGAUCCCAAUGCUCCGAAAAGACCACCGUCUGCCUUCUUCCUGUUUUGCUCUGAACAUCGCCCAAAGAUCAAAAGUGAACACCCGGGCCUGUCUAUUGGAGAUACUGCAAAGAAGCUGGGUGAGAUGUGGUCUGAACAAUCUGCCAAAGAUAAACAGCCGUAUGAGCAGAAGGCCGCCAAACUAAAGGAGAAGUAUGAAAAGGAUAUUGCUGCAUACCGUGCCAAGGGUAAAAGUGAAGCAGGAAAGAAGGGUCCUGGUAGGCCAACAGGCUCAAAGAAGAAGAAUGAACCAGAAGAUGAGGAGGAGGAGGAGGAGGAGGAAGAAGAUGAUGAAGAUGAAGAGGAGGAAGAUGAGGAUGAAGAAUAAGUGGCUGUCCUAAAAUGUGUGGAGUGUUUGUGCUCAGGCAAUUAUUUUGCUAAGAAUGUGAAAUUCAAGUGCAGCUCAACAUUAGCUUCAGUAUAAAAACUGUACAGAUUUUUGUAUAGCUGAUGAGAUUCUUUGUAGAAAAAUACUUUUUUAAAAUAAAAAGGAGUUUGUAGCUUUUUCAGGGGCUACAAAGUACAGUUAGAUUUAAAGCUUUUGAUGUUGAAUGUUCCUAAAUAUUUAAUGGUUUCUUUAAUUUCUUAUGGUAGCAAAAAAAAAAGCGAAACUUCAUAGGAAUUUGUAUUACCAGUAAAUUUUUUUAGGAUGUUGAAUUUUUUGUUUUGUUUUUUUUUUUUAAAUUUGUAAUAAAAUAAUGUAUAUUAA